GUUAUUCUUGUUUUAAAUAAUAUUAUUGAUACUUUAAUAUAUUUCUAUAAAUGGACAAUCAACAAUGUAUAGAAAUUACCUUGAAAAAUCCCAAUCCAAUAUUUGAGAAAUGGAUUGAACGUUGGCUGGAAGAAGCCAUUAAAAAAAACUACAAAUCACAACACAGAAUGCGAGAAGCACUCCAAUCACUACGUCAAUUUCCUCUUCCACUUGCCACCGGAAGAGACUGUGCGAUUUUACGAGGAUUUGGUCAAAAACUAUGUGAUCUCAUUGAUCAAGAACUGCAACAACAACGCGAAACCGAUCCAGCUUCGAUAUUAAAUACAACAGCUAGCACAUAUUCGAAUGACAUCAAAACAGUCGUUAAAUCUGUUCAAAAAUCUAAAAAAGAAUCAAAAAAGAGAGAACUUACUGAAAAACAAAAGGCCAAACAAUUAGAACUUGAAGAAGCUCAGGAACAAAUCAUUGCCAGUCCGGGUACCUUUCGAAUACUUCUUCUUGUCGAUAUUCAAGAGACAAAUGGCAAAACCAAGAAAACAUUCGACAAAACCCGAGAUUACAUUGAAAAGCUACAAAUUCCUCACGAAGUUCGUCGUCUCACAAUCGGAGAUUUUACAUGGAUAUGUCGUGAUGAACGAGGCAGAGAACUUGUCCUUCCUUACAUAGUUGAACGUAAACGAAUGGACGACUUUGCGAGUAGCAUUCGCGAUGGUCGUUUCCAUGAGCAAAAGUUUCGACUGAAAAGUAGUAAGAUUCAGAAUUUGAUUUAUUUAAUAGAAAACUAUGGAAACAAUGAACAUGUUGGUUUGCCAGUGCCAACUUUACUUCAAUCAGCUGUGAAUACACAAGUUCAUGGUGAUUUUCAAAUCAAAUACACCAACAACCAUUGGGAGUCGAUUUUGUAUUUGAAAGCAAUGACUAGUUCGUUAAUUCGUCACUACAAAGAUAAGCUAUUGAUAAGUACAGCUAAGGAAGACAUCCAAUGUUGUACGCCACAUGAUUCUACAAUUGGUUUGUUGAAAUUUAAAGAUUUCUAUGAUGAUUCAUCACGAAAUAGUGGACUGACUAUUCGUGAUAUUUUUAUAAAACAGUUAUUGCAAUUGCGAACAUUGUCGAUGGAACGUGCCAUAGCUAUUGUUAAUAAGUAUCCUACCCCAAAAGCUCUGUUGUUAGCCUACGAUGCUUGUGCGACGAAAGAGGAGGGACAACUUUUGCUAGCGGCGCUUCCUUGUGGUCAACUAAGUAGACCUUUAGGUGUUUCUAUAAGUACAAUCAUUUAUGAUUUUUAUACGAGUUAUUUUGAAUAAAUUGGGAAAUAAGUCUGACAAGAAUAAAUAUCUUAUAAUAAGUAA